CGCCAUUUUCGAUUAGCAAAACAUUCUAAUUUCCAUCCUAAGUGAAGUAGUCCAUAUUACAGCUACGAUUGUGGAUAUUAUCGUUUGAAGUCCAAAUGGAUAAUAGCCAGAAGCGUAAGGUAGACUUCGAUGAAGCCAGCUCGUCUAAACGAUCUCGUAAUGACGAUGAUUUCAAGGGAGUUCAACCAAGUCGAUUCGAAAAUGAACUUGCAUCGCUUCAAGACACUGAUACGACAAAGGAUAGCAAUAGAGGCAAUCCUAAAGCAAAAUGGAAAAGACCCCCUGUACCUAGUAUAGACCCUAAACAGGAUUCUAUUGUCUUCCAACAACUUGAUGUGGAAAAUUACGUUGGUUCUCCAAUGGCUGGUAUGCCAGGAUCAAAAGUUGGUCCAGUACCAAUCAUCCGUAUGUUUGGCGUUACCAUGGAAGGUAACAGCGUCCUCUGCCACAUCCAUGGGUUCGUGCCGUACCUCUUCGUACCAGCACCUCCAGGAUUCACAGAGGACCAGUGUGACAUGUUUAGAGAUGCGCUCAAUAGAACAGUAUUGUGUGAUAUGAGAUCCAACAAGGAUAAUGUUUCACAGGCUGUUCUUGCAGUUGACUGUGUGAUAAAAGAGAGCAUCUAUGGUUUUCAUGGUAACAAGAAGAUCCCAUUCCUGCGCGUUACUGUGGCAUUACAAAAGCUAAUUGCACCCUGUAAGAGAAUUCUUGAAUGUGGAUUCAAGUUUGGAUCAUAUCCCGAGCGAGGCUACUCAACGUAUGAAAGUAACAUUGACUUUGAGGUUCGUUACAUGGUUGAUUCUGAUGUUGUUGGGUGCAAUUGGAUUGAAGUGCCUGCUGGGAAGUACAGGGUCCGUGCGCCGCACAUGACUUCAUGUGUCAGUGAUGAAAAGCCCACAUCUCGAUGUCAAAUUGAGAUUGAUGUGGCCUGGGAUGAGAUUACCAGUCAUCCUCCAGAAGGUGAAUGGUCCAAGAUUGCUCCUGUCCGUAUUCUCAGCUUCGAUAUUGAGUGUGCAGGCCGUAAGGGAGUUUUCCCAGAGCCAGAAAAAGACCCUGUCAUUCAGAUAGCCAACAUGGUCGUACGGCAAGGAGAGAAAGAUCCAUUCAUUAGAAAUGUGUAUACCCUUGGUGGCUGUUCUCCUAUUGUUGGUUCUCAUGUGAUGUCGUUUGAUAAGGAAGCUGAACUUCUAAAGAGUUGGAGUGAGUUUGUACAAGAAGUAGACCCAGAUUUAAUCACCGGUUAUAAUAUCGUCAAUUUCGAUUUGCCGUACUUGAUAAACAGAGCAGCAACCCUCAAGGUCAGCACCUUCCCUUUUCUUGGACGAAUAACAGAGGAUAGAAGCACCAUAACCACUACCACAUUUCAGUCCAAGGCGUACGGAAAGCGAGAGAAUAAAGUCAUCAACAUUGCUGGAAGAAUUCAGUUUGAUUUACUUCAUAUUCUGCUGCGUGAAUACAAGCUGAGGUCAUAUACUCUCAAUGCUGUCAGUUUUCACUUCUUGCAAGAGCAGAAGGAAGAUGUACAGCAUAAUAUCAUAUCUGAUCUUCAGCAUGGCAAUGACCAGACUCGUCGUAGACUAGCCAUAUACUGUAUGAAGGAUGCCAUCUUACCUCUGCGGCUUCUCGAUAAACUAAUGUGCGUUAUUAACUACAUGGAGAUGGCUCGUGUGACUGGUGUUCCCUUCAGCUACCUGCUCUCUCGUGGUCAGCAGAUUAAAGUCAUCUCUCAGCUUCUGAGAAAGACCAAAGAACAAGAUCUCCUGAUUCCAGCCCAUAAAGUAGAUGCAGGAGAAGAAUCGUAUGAGGGAGCUACUGUUAUCGAACCCAAUAGAGGGUAUUACAGUGUCCCCAUAGCAACUCUUGAUUUCUCUUCACUAUAUCCGUCAAUCAUGAUGGCUCACAACCUGUGCUACACAUCCCUACUUCAUCCUUCACAAGUAAAAGAUAUGCCACCAGACCAGUUCAUCAAGACACCAUCUGGUAACUACUUUGUGAAGAGUUCCAUCAGGAAAGGUCUCUUGCCAGAAAUCCUUGAACAUCUGCUGUCGGCAAGAAAAAAGGCAAAAGCAGACUUGAAGAAGGAAACAGAUCCAUUCAAAAAGAAGGUGUUGGAUGGACGUCAGCUGGCUUUGAAGAUCAGUGCCAAUUCUGUGUAUGGUUUUACUGGUGCACAGGUCGGCAAGCUCCCAUGUCUGGAAAUCUCACAGAGUGUGACAGCUUUUGGUAGAAUGAUGAUCGAAAGAACAAGAGAACUUGUUGAAGACAAGUAUAAAAUUGCAAAUGGCUACAAAUAUGAUGCCAAGGUUAUCUAUGGAGAUACAGAUUCAGUCAUGGUUCGUUUUGGGGUUGAUACUGUAGCAGAAAGUAUGGAACUUGGUAACGAAGCUGCUCAAUAUGUAUCUGGGCACUUUGUUUCUCCAAUCAAACUGGAAUUCGAGAAGGUUUAUUUUCCAUACUUGCUGAUCAACAAGAAGAGAUAUGCAGGGCUGUACUUCACUAAAGCAGACAAGCAUGACAAGAUGGAUUGUAAAGGAAUCGAAACUGUGCGGCGUGAUAACUGUCCUCUGGUGUCUAACCUCAUUGGUUCUUGCCUGAAGAAGCUCUUGAUUGGCAGGGAUCCCCAAGGUGCAAUAGAAUACACCAAACAAAUCAUCUCAGAUUUGUUAUGCAAUCGUAUCGAUAUCUCACAACUCGUUAUCACUAAAGAGCUCACCAAAACUGGAGACGAAUACGCAGCCAAGCAGGCACAUUCUGAACUAGCUGCAAGGAUGCGUAAGCGAGACCCUGGCUCUGCCCCCAAGCUGGGUGAUCGAGUACCGUACGUCAUCAUUGCUGGAUCUAAAGGAGCAAAAGCUUAUGAAAAGGCUGAGGACCCCAUAUAUGUACUAGAGAACAACGUCCCAAUAGACACACAGUAUUACCUGGAGAAUCAACUGUCCAAACCGUUACUGAGAAUAUUUGAACCAAUACUUGGAGAAGCCAAGGCAGCCUCUGUGUUAUUAAAGGGAGAACACACACGCACCAAGACAAUAGUCACAUCUACCGUCGGAAAACUCUCCAUGUUUACCAAGAAGCGAAGUACUUGUAUUGGAUGCAAGAGUAGCUUGGACGACGAAAAUGCUGCUGUUUGCAAGCACUGCAAGACUCGUGAAUCAGACCUUUACCAGAAAGAAGUUGGCCACCUCAAGACCUUGGAAGAAAGAUUUGCCAGGUUAUGGACACAAUGUCAGAACUGUACGGGAAGUUUACACCAAGAUGUACUCUGCACAAGUCGUGACUGCCCAAUCUUCUACAUGAGAACAAAAGUACAAAAGGACCUCUUGAAUCAAGACAAACUCGUCAGUCGUUUUGGCGUAUUUGAGUGGUAAACAAGACAACGUUACCACACCGUUGUACUGCUUGGGAAAGAAUGUCCAGCGAUGAAAAAUAUCUGGCGACUUCGUAUAGUGAAUGGGUUGAAAAUAUCUGAAGAAACUGCUUAGGAAAAUGCGUUAGAAAUAAACACAUGUUCUGUGCACACAACGCGCUAAAAUUCAUCAUUCUUGUAUACAUAAAAGAAACGACAAAAACUCACAUCUUAAAGCAAGCUAUGGCAGCUUUCAAUUUAAUAUUCCUUUCUUUGAUUUUAUUUUUACACCAAGGUAUGUUCUGUCGUAGUGUAGUUGUGAAAAAGUUGGGAUGUCUUUUGACGUAGUUUGGUAUGAAAAUAAAAUAUUUUGGUCGCACA